CCGCAGCUCUCGCCGUCAGUCGAGCGCUAGAGUCUCAGUCGUUCGGUCGUGCGUGAAUUCUCGUAUUGUGUUUUCUUCUUGUGUUUGGUGGUUGUAUUUUGUUUUUGGUGUGUCUUGUUCGCGUUGAUUCACGCGCUGCAUUUUAAGAAACAGACGUCUUGUUUGUUUUUUUUUCAUCCGGAGUAAUCAACGCGUAUCUUUUCCAAUCUUCGAUUAGCAAUUUGAAAAAUAAGAUUAUCCGUCGUCCUUCGAUUGCGGAAGAAAACCAAACCAAAAAAUGUGGAGCCGCGAUGGAUUGAAAAACGGAUCGUCAUCGGCCAUGAUGUACAGGUCGACUCCGCACCUGUUCGUCUACCAGCCGUGCGAGGAUGACGAAGAGGCGACCGUUCCGGACGACCUAGAUGCCGAAGACACUGAACCUUCCGAUUCCGGCUACGCCGCUUCGUCUUCCGGCUCUGGGUCGGCCGCCACGCCCGAGGCCAUUUAUUAUUCGACGAUGGAGUUGUCUUCGCACCGCAAGGAGAAAGACGCCAUGCGUCGUUUGAGUUUCAUCAAGUACGCUGCGACAGAGGUGUACAGCACCGGAAGCACGAGCGGCAGCAGCAGCAGCGGAGGCGACCAUUCGUCGGUGACCGACGAUCCGCAUCUUGUUCCGGUCGUUAGCAAAGGCCAGCAGAUGCUGACCGAACUGGAACUUUUGAGAGUGGAGACUUUCUUUCGCGGUCACCAAACGCAAAUUUUCGUCGGCAAAUCGCUCGCUAAUUUGUAUUUACGACAAGCGAAAAGUCUGGUGGGUUUGAAUCGAUGUUCCAGCCAGCCGGAUGUUUGCGUCCGCACGCUGCAGCGACAGACGGACAGGCUGACCGAUUGGCAGUUGAAAUUCACUGGAAUUCCGGUCGUGUUGCUGGACCUGGGCGGGACGAAAUCUCGACGCCUGAGGCGAAUCCAGUUGAUCCUGGCCGAACGCGGGACUGGAUUCACUUUGUGGUGCGACACGAUCGACAAUUUGAGCAACUACGAAGCGGCCGGACCGACGUUCCACACGAUGAGGACGUCCACCGAUCACCGACAAAUUGCCGGACUCAGUUUCGAUUCGGCCGACGCUGCCCAGCAAUUGUUUCGGCACAUUGAGAAACUGACGUCCGAUCCGGCCAACAUCCGCCUGUCUACGCCGAAAAGGGCGUCUAGGACGUCGAGUUUGCUUCGCUUCUGGACGGGCAACAAGAACAAUCAAGUGCCUAAGAAGAAGACGGCCAAGACAGCGUUGCCACGCAAAUGCGACAUAUCGCAGCCGUGUUUUUUCCAGCACGUCACCAGCGUCGAUUCGACCGAUCGUGGCAAAUUCUUUUCACUCCAAGCUCUCGUUCCCAAUCAAUAGUCUUUUUCGCCUCAUUUCUCUUGUUAGAUUUGUAUUUGGAUCUCACGUGAUAGCCACCUCCAACAUUUUCUUUCUUGCUGUUUACUCUCGUUGGUUAUUAUUAUUUUUCUUUGUUGGCUACCACGGCGGAUUGAUUUUUCAUUCAAUUAAUUCCGUUGAGAUUGCAUUCUAAAUUUGUUCAUUUGGGCAGAUCAUUGGCCUGUGCCUUAUCUACAUAUUCAUUUACAUAUAUACAGUUUAAAGGUAACUUUUUUCAAUAGGUGGCUAGUGCUUGACAUUCAUCUUACUUCUUCUUCGCAGGCUCUUUUACGUAGCCUGAUUCACUUCCCAAUCAGCCCCCCCAAAAACGUUUGCUGUGUCCAAUCUGUGUUUGUAUGUAUAUAUCUAUAAUAUUCGCUGUUAAAAAUUUUUUUUUGGGGGGGAGGGAUGGCUUAGUUAGUUUUUUCUUUCUUUUCAGAGCUCAAAACAGUUUGGUUUCAAUGGCUGCCUUAAACGAAGCAAGGAAAAAAGAGACUGGAACAUGUUAGUUGGUUCAAAGGUAAUUGAUCCAAUUAUUUUUGGUGUAGCACGUGUUCAAAUCUCAACAUUUUGCUUACAUUUCAUUUUUUUUUAAACUAUUAUUUGGCUAUUAUUUUCGUCAUUAAGCUAAUAUUCAAGUAUUUGGUGAAAAUAAUUAAAUUAACUCAUCAACUUUUUGUAUCUAAGUCAUAUUCGAAUUGAGCUAGUGUUUUGUAUUGGUUUUCCCCCCCCACUUCAAACUUAACUUUUGUAUAAUCAAGCCCAUGCAUUACUCGUCUCUGCUGAUGAGUGCGACAUUGCCUCAUUUCUCUUUUCGGUCAACAACGCAAAAUAAAAAUUCAAUUUUUUUUUCUCUC